AUGAUAAUGAACAACCAAACUGUCAUCUCCCAAUUUAUCCUCCUGGGCUUACCCAUCCCCCCAGAGCACCAGCACCUGUUCUAUGCCCUGUUCCUGGCCAUGUACCUCACCACAAUCCUGGGAAACUUCAUCAUCAUCAUCCUCAUUCUCCUGGACUCCCAUCUCCACACACCCAUGUACUUGUUUCUCAGCAACUUGUCCUUCUCUGAUCUCUGCUUUUCUUCUGUCACAAUGCCCAAGUUGCUGCAGAACAUGCAGAGCCAGGACACAUCCAUCUCCUAUGAUGGCUGCCUGACACAAAUGUACUUUUUAUUAGUUUUUGGAGACCUGGAGAGCAUCCUUCUUUUGGUCAUGGCCUAUGACCGUUAUGUAGCUGUCUGCUUCCCACUUCAUUACAUGAGCAUCAUGAGCACCAAACUCUGUGUGUGUCUGAUGGUACUGUCCUGGGCAUUUACUCUGCUGUAUUCCAUGUUGCACACCAUACUCUUGGCUAAAUUGUCAUUCUGUGAAGAUAAUGUGAUCCACCACUUUUUCUGUGACAUAUCUGCCCUGCUCAAGUUGGCCUGCUCUGACAUUCAUAUUAAUGAAUUAAUGAUAUUUAUCAUGGGAGGACUUGUUAGCAUCAUCCCAUUCUUACUCAUUGUUGUGUCCUAUGUGCAAAUUGUCUUCUCCAUUCUAAAUGUUUCAUCUGCACAUGUUUUACACAAGAUCUUCUCCACUUGUGGGUCCCAUUUGUCUGUGGUCUCACUAUUCUAUGGGACAAUUUUUGGUCUGUACUUAUGUCCAUCAACAAAUAGCUCUAUAGUGAAGGAGACUGCCAUGGCAAUGAUGUGCACAGUGGUGACUCCCAUGCUGAAUCCCUUCAUCUACAGCCUGAGGAACAGAGAUGUGAAAGAUGGAGCCCUAAUUAGAGUUCUUUGCAAGAAGAAAAUUCUUUUCUGCCUAUGA